AUGGACACUUACGCCGAUGACCUCCUGCAACUCUUUGAACAACUUGACCUGAAGAAUGUCAUCAUGCCGCGUCAAGAAAGAGUGCUCGUCGGCGCUGUCACGCCCCUCAUGGUCCAGACUGAGGCCAGCCCGAAAGCCAACCCCCUCGAGGUGUUCGACGGCUUCCGCACUGCUAUGAUCAAUGACCGCGCUCAGUUCUUCCUCGACGUUCCUUCGGGUCCUUUCUUUGGCUUCAACCGUCCUGGCGCCAAGGUCUCUCAAGGAUUGAUCCAAUCCUGGUACCAGCAGGGGAUGAUGUGCGGGUUCGUCGACGCGUACGAGUGCAUCAAGGUCUUCUCGGAGACAGACCUGACGGAGGACCUGAAGAAAAUCGAUAUUCCAGUCUUGGUCAUACACGGUGAUGACGAUCAAGUCGUCCCAAUUCAGGCCGCGGCGUACGAAGCCGUCAAAUUGUUGAAGAAUGGGCGACUCGUCGUUGUGACAGGUGGACCUCUCGCGUUACCAAAUAUUGGUGUCGAUCUGGUCAACCAGGAGUUAUCGAAGUUCAUAGAGGAGUAG